AUGGCUGGCAUAGCAUUUGGAAGGUUUGAUGAUUCUUUCAGCUUUGGGUCAAUUAAGGCCUAUAUUGCUGAAUUCAUCUCAACUUUACUCUUUGUUUUUGCUGGUGUUGGUUCAGCCAUAGCCUAUGGUAAGUUGACAUCAGAUGCAGCUCUUGAUCCAGCUGGUUUACUAGCAGUUGCUGUUUGCCAUGGUUUUGCAUUGUUUGUUGCUGUUUCUGUUGGUGCUAACAUUUCUGGUGGACAUGUUAACCCUGCUGUCACUUUUGGAUUGGCUGUUGGUGGACAGAUCACCAUUAUCACUGGUGUCUUCUACUGGAUUGCUCAGCUUCUUGGCUCCAUUGUUGCAUGUUUUCUUCUCAAGUUCGUCACCGGAGGAUUGGAAACUCCAGUCCACAGUGUGGCAGCAGAAGUAGGAGUUAUUGGAGGAGUUGUUACUGAAAUAAUCAUAACAUUUGGUUUGGUGUACACAGUUUAUGCAACAGCAGCGGAUCCUAAGAAAGGAGCAAUAGGCACAAUUGCACCCAUUGCUAUUGGUUUCAUUGUUGGUGCCAACAUAUUAGCAGCAGGCCCAUUCUCCGGUGGGUCGAUGAACCCAGCGAGAUCUUUUGGGCCUGCAGUUGUUAGUGGUAAUUUCCAUGACAACUGGAUCUAUUGGGCCGGGCCUCUUAUUGGAGGUGGGCUGGCUGGGCUUGUCUAUGGCAAUGUCUUCAUGCGUUCUUCUGAACAUGCACCUCUUACUAAUGAUUUUUAG